UUUGGAAGGGAGGUUAUCCAGUCAUUAUUUGGAUGUUGUGACUUCUGAAUUAUUUUAUCAUUAGUUUAGGUUCAGAUCUAGACUCUGUCUGAUGCGAGAAUACAGUGGUUAUACUUAAAAAGAAUAUUUAAUUCAGACUUGUUAUGCAGAAUGGAACAUUCUCCAAUGUUAGAUGAUGAAAAUUCCCGAGAUACCGGGGUUAAAAAUGUUUCAGCGUCCCCAGCAACGGGCUCGUCAAGUGUCAGUAAUGGCGGCUUAUCAUCUGAAAAUAGUGAAAACAAUUAUAAUUCGCAGACUGUUGCUCUUUCGUCGAUACCAUUAUUACCUAUUGAUGAAAAUACGAAGAAAACAUCAUCACAAGACUUUGCUGAGCAGAUUAGAAAACUUGAAAUAGAAGGAAACAAACUACGUGCUAUUACAGCUAAUAGCUUAUUAGGUACCGGUACUGUUAAUGGUUUCAGCUUUGAGAACAGCUUUGAGUUUUCAAGACCACAAUCUUCAAUACCUCUGGGAUGUUUGUCAAGUUUUGUAGACACAUCAUUUGAUCCUAAAUACAUAGCAGACCUAAGAAAUCAGCUUGACAGUCAGCGCAAAGAAACAGAUCACUUAACCAAGCAAUUAUUAUCUGAUUCAUUUAGUUAUCACACAGUUCCAAGGUCAAGCCAUGGCAGUCAUCAGUUUCAGACUCAAACAAAGUCUGCUUUUUCCACCUAUCCCAGUCAAACAUUGAACAGAAAAUCUCUGGAUUCUCUUCCUUCGUCUCACUUGGAAAAGUCCCUUAAAGACUCACAAGAACAGAUUAUUGAAUUGAGGAAAAAGCUGCAAGAGGUUACAGACUCUUCAGAUCAACAAAAGCGGCAGUUUCGUCAAACUGUUGAGGACCUGAAAUCAAAACUUCAUGAGACAAUACAUAACAGAGACGCUGUACUUGACUUAAGACAAAAAGAGUCCAACAGUCAAGAGCUACUGAUACACAAACUCCAGUCUGCAUUGACUCAGCUACAAGAUCAUAAUAAACUUCAAGAAGAGGCCCUUGUGUCUGCAUCAAAACAGCUGGACUCUAUGAAACAUGUUAAUGAAAUGAAUGAAACAGCCUUGUCUCAGAUCAGCUGCAUUCUUCUAACAAGAGAAAAAGGUCAUGGUCACACUUACUUUAAGUCUGACUUGAUCAAUGGCCAGAAUACAUCUAUUUUGGUCCACACUUUAGAAAGAUGUCUUCGAGAUCUGGAUAAUGACAUAGUAACAAAAUCAAAAAGACUGACUGAGCUGGAGUCUGAACUGGAUGUUAUAAAGAAAAAUUUAUCAGAAAGAGAACGAAACAUAGCUAGGGAUUAUCAAGAAAUGAUAAGAAAAGAAAAAGAUGAUUCCAUAAAGAAGUUCACUAUGCUUACAGCAGAACACGAGAAAAAUGUGUCAUCAGUCAAUGAGAUGCUUUUGAAUGCCAAUCAACAAAUAGCAUCCCUCAAGUCUCAGCUCCAGCAGGAAGAAGAUUGUUACAUAGAGAAACUGAAGUCCAAAGAGAGACAACUGAGAGAAAUGGAAGAAAAUGUGAUUGAACUGAAGACUGAGAACAUGAAAAACACAGCCUCUUGGCAAGAAAAGCUGAUUCAAGCAAAACAUGAACAGGUUUAUACAGAGACACUGAGGCAAGCACUUGAAACAUCACUUGAUCAGGUCCAGAAAGAACUUGUUGAAGUCAAAGCAGAGAAGACUGAGCUAAUCCAAUCUCUUUCAGUUGCUGAAACAAGAUUAGAUGAUCUACAGAAUCUGGUGGCUCAGUUGGAAGGUGACCUAGAUACUGAGAGAGAUCGCAUACAACAGCAGCGGCAAAGAGAAGAGGAGCUACGGUCUGACCUGAUGAGCCUGGAGUUGCAGGUCUCCAACAAACAAGGAGACAUUGACAGACUGGAGAGAACACUGGACAUGGUCAAGCAGGAGUAUAGCUUACAGGUAUUGGAAAAGCAAAACCUUUUGUCUACAACAGAGAAACUAGAGAGAGAACAGUACAUAGACCAAAUCAAACACUUGUCUUCCCAACUGGCAACUAUGACAGAGAAAUUCAACAAGUCUACAAUGGAGCUUCAGACUUCAUAUAAUGAUAUUGAGAGGCUGAAGUCUGAUGCAUCUAGUCUGACAAGGAAAUUUGAAAAGUCCAGAUCCCAGGCUGAAAAAGCUGAAGAAGAAAAAGCAGAACUGGCCAUGCUGUUAAAUGAGAAAACUGACCAGAUGGACAGAGUGGCCAGGGAUAAGGUUGACCAGGCUGAAAGACUUUUGAGAGACAAAGACCAGUAUGUCAAGUUAGUAGACCAAAGGUCAGAAGAAGUGAGUCAACUGAAACUGAGUCUUGAGACAAUGAAAGUCCAGCUGGAGGAGAAAGAGAAGGUUUUAGAUACACUUAGACAGCAGUCCAGUAGUAUAGCCCAGUUGAUGGAGAUUCAUACCAAGGCCAGUGACAGUGUGAGAGAAGAGAAAGAGAAGCUUGCUGCCACUGCUGCAGAGAAAGAGCUCCUACUACAUGAUAUGAGAAUGACUGUGGAGUCACUGACCAAUCAGAUGAAAACACAAGAUGACAGAGUGAAAGGACUGGAGGAAGAAAAUUUAAAAGUUAACAAAAAUCUUCAGCAGAAGAGCCAGGAAUUGGAUGCAUGCCAAGAAGAAAAGAAAACAUUGCUAAGUGAACUGACUCAAGUGAAAGCUGACCUUGAAGCUCUAACUAUCAAAAAAGAUGCUUUGAAAAAGGAAGUCAUUAAAGCCAAGACUCUUCAUACAAAAGAAAUAGCAAAACUUCAGACAAAAUUGAAAGAGUCUGAGCAAGAGAAAAGAAUGUCUGCCAAAGCUUUGAGGAGUAAAGAUAUCAUAGAUAAUAAAGCUGUUCGUUAUGCUGACAAGAUUCAGAAAGAGAUGACAGUCAAGAGAAGUGAACUGGAUCAGCUGACCACUAAGUUACACAGAAUGGAAGAAAAACUUGAGACAGUCUCCAGAGAGAAAUCUUUGGUAGAGAAAGACAAGGACAGUCUAAAGAAAAGUUUGGCCAAAUCUUUACUUCACUCACAAGAGCUCUCCAACAAAGUGGAGUCUGUGAUGGCACAAAAUGGGGAUUUGUUGGCUCAGCUAUCUCUCAUGGAGAAAGACUUUGAACUGAGGUCCUCAACAUAUCAAGCAAAAAUGGAAACAUUUGAACAAGAGAUUGCAAAACUGAAACUCAAACACCAGCUUGAUUUGAAAGAAGUUGAAGGAAUGUCUAGGUGCAAAACAGGAAGUUUAUCAACAGCUUGUCACAAAAGUUCCUCAUUACCAUCAAGUGUGUCCUCUGUGAAACAGAAAAUGGCCACUUCUGAUAGUGGUGAUCUAACAGAUGCUAGUGAGAGUGAUUCCCCCUUAACUAAACACAGUAAAAGAACUUUUUAUACAACCAAAACUAAAAACACUUUUGAGGUUGGAAAAGAUUUAAAGUUACUGUUGGGAGAAAUGAAAACAUUAGUUUCAGAGAGUCGAGAAGCUGCAGCAGAAUAUCUCCCCAGAGACAAAACAGAAAAGUCCAGAAGGAACAAAAUGAAUGCAGCUUUGCACUCUCAAAAUUUAAGCCCAACUGUUAACCUCAUAUCAAACACAGAGAAGUCUAAGAUGUCACCUGCAAGGUCAUUGACCUCCCUUGCUGAUUUGUCAGAUGGAUUGGCUUAUAAAGGGGCAGGAAACUUCCUUGUAUCAGAUACUCAAGAGCUAUGCAGACGGCUGGAAGAGAAAAUUGAAAACCUAACAAAGAUGGGUGGAAACUUGAUUAAAGAAAACCAAGAUAUGGCUGACCUCAUCAACCUGCAAGGGGAGAAAAUCAAUACAGUAAAGCAAAAGGAGAAGAUAACCUGGUAGUUUUAGUGUGUUUUUAUUUAUGUAUUUUCAUUGCAGAGGCAUUGUGUAUAAGUAAAACAAAAAGAUUGAUCAAUGAGAUUAUUAUGAAACAAAAUCUUAUUUAAAUUGUUGAUAUAAGCAAUAUAUUUUAGCUUUUUUUGUAUUGCUGUGACUUUGAAAGCAUUUAUUUGUAUACAUUUAUAUAUUUUUUGAUAUUCUUGAUUUUCAAGCAAUAUUGCAACCUACAUGCAUAUAAAAGCAUUAUAUCAAUCAAAAUGAGUCUGUGUCUACAAUAGUAGAGUGUGUCAAAUUGAUGAUGUUUUUAGAAUGUAAACACUAUGUUAACAAUAUAGAACUAAACAAAAUAAUCCCAAUAGUUUUCUACUUGUAGAGCCAGCCUGUGCCAUAAAAUGUAACUGGUACAAAAUACAUUCAUUCAUUACCAAUCUACGAUCUGUGUUGAUAUUUUACUGUGUAACAUACAAAAAAAUAUAUAUGUAUACAUAUAUAUAUAUAUUGUGUUUAUAAAAUACCAAAAGAAGUUUUAUGUUUUUUUAUAUUGUAUGUAUAGUGUGUAUAUAUAAAUCAAGACUUAUAACUCAUAAUCUGACAGCUGUUGUGCUCCAAUCAAGAUUUAUAGCAUACAUGCGAGUCCGCACAGCUGCUCGGCUUUUCAGACGCUCUUUAAAGAACUGGAUAACCCUUAAGUAAACCUUUAAAAAAUUUAUUUACUGGGUAAAAUAGUUCUUGAAUCUUCUACUUUAAGCGUCUCUAUUGCCACUACUUCUAGCAUCUCUAAACAUGUCAUAUUUCCUAUCUGAUUCUAUCUACUCUUUUGGUCCUAAGAUUACUUCAAAAAAAACUUUUAAAUAUGUAUCCUAACAAUAUAUGUCAGGGACAGCAAUUUCAAGAAAUGUUAUUGAUAUGCUGCAAUUUCUUAUUUCUAAAUAGUUUAUGCACCCAGGUAAUUAUUAUACAUAAGACACCUAUAUAUUUUUACUGCGAUGUGACAAGCAAAUAUGGGAUGUCUCAUCUGAUAAGCAUAAACCACAUAGCUACCUUUCAUAUCUAUGAAGGGACUCAUAUUCAAAUCCCAAGUUGUGCUCAGCUUUGGUUGCUGAUCACCUAAAGGCAGUGCAUAAACCUUUUACCCCACAGGAACCACUGCUCUCUGGGAAGGCAAUGCUAGAGCAUGAAAGAUGUGUUUUACAAAAGGAAUUCAAAAGAAAUGUUGACCUAGGAAUGUCUCAAAGUUUACAUGCAGCUCUUAGGUCCAAAGAAAAGACAAAUAACAUUUUUGGCAUCAUAACAUCUGUCAGAGUUUAGACUACUAGAUUUAUAUUUCCACACGUCCAACAAUCUAUUACUCCAAGACACAAGAAACUUGAACAAGAAUAAAAUAAAAAAAAAACGAAGCAUAACCCUCUGCCAAACUAGCAAGCAAAAACCAAAACAAGCAAAAUUAAAAAAAAAAAAAGCUUAUCUAAAGGGGUAGAA